AUGACGUCGAUAUUGAACGUCAUAAACACCAUCAAGUUUGGUGUUUAUGACGUCGAUAUACGAAGUCAUAAACACCAUCAAGUUUGGUGUUUAUGGCGUCGAUAUUCGACGUUAUCAACACCAUCAAGUUUGGUGUUUAUGGCGUCGAUAUUCAACGUCAAAAACACCAUCAAGUUUGGUGUUUAUGACGUCGAUAUACGACUUCAUAAUCAGCAUCAAG